AUGGGUGAUCGAGCUGCCCUUCAGAUAUUGGGUGACAUGGUGGCAUCCGUCCAUGGGCUGGGCAUCAAGCCUUUGUCCGAUCCGUCGUCUUCGAAGAGCCAGCUGUGGACGAUUGAAGAGGAGGUUGACGACGAAGGUUUGCCGGGUGGUGUCUACGCAGGGCCCGGAUCAACUUCGCGUUCCCUUCAGCUGACUAUGAUUGACGGAAUGGAGCUUUUGUAG